AUGUUUUUUGCCGGAAACCUCGCCGACGAUCUGGGUCUACCCUCCAUCAUCUUGCGCAACAGCUGUGCAGCCUUCCUUCCUAGUUACUGGAUCAUCCCUCAGCUCCAUCAAGAAGGUCGAUUUCCUAUACGAGGAAAUGAUUCCAGAGUUCCAUCCAUUCAGAUACAAAGAUCUACCCUUUAUUGGCCUUCCAAUACAAGAAGUCCUUGA